GAUAAGAUGUGGGGCCCCCGGAGCGAGAGCCACGAGUACUGCUUUACGCGCCGCCAGCGACUGGACAGGUAUAUGCGUCUGGACACGGGUCUCAACUGGAAGUCCCGGUUGGUUAAGAAGCACUGCAUUACCAUUGACGUCGAAGUGGCCAAGAUAACUCACUGCCCGUGUUGUCUGGAGUUAGUUGAGGCGGAAUGGGGUCACAGUUGCCGCGAUUCCGACGAGGAGUCCAUUCCGGACGAGAAUUCCAGUAUUAAUGGCUCGGAGUUUGGCACUCAGUCGGAGAACACCUACAACGACGAGGAGGUGGUCUCCACGACCAACAGCGAAGUCGUCACUAUGGGUAGUGUCUUAUGCUAUGAGUGCGGCCGUAACGACUGUAUGGGCACGUGUGUGGACGUCGGCGACACGAAAGUGACCCAAAUAUCCAUUACUGAGCCCUCGAUCGAGAGCUCAGUGAACGCGCCGAUCAUUAUGUUCUCCGCCAACGAGGGACUGCUUCCGGUUAAGAGUGAAGUCGAGGACAAGAUUAUGGUUCAAAUGGUUCCCGUACUGCACGACAAGAGUAAUAACAGUAAUAUUAACCGCAAAAGUGAUAGCAUUUCGAUGAAGCGCUCCAAUGAGCAGACGUUGCGGUUGACGGCCGAUGAGAAGCAGGACUCGGAUGACGACAUUGUGAUCAUAAAUGAGGUGCGAAACGAACCCCACAUUAUCGGCGGCCCCAAGAGGGCUAAGCGUAGCGCUGAGCCGGUGAUGAUCACCCGAUUUCUGGCCUCCGAGACCGAGACUAAGCCGUCGAUUAAGCGGAAGUUCUCCGACAAAAGGCUUCGCUCUCAGACUCGCAGUAAUUCUGACGAAAUUAUUGUUAAGAAAAUCAAAUGAUUGCUAGAAAUGCUGUGCAAAACACACACAGUUUUGUCUAAUUAUCUAUUUUUGUAUACUCUUUCUCUCCCUCUCUCUCUCCCCCUCUCUCUCUCUCUCUCUCUCUCUCGCGAAAGUCUGUUAUUUAAUCUUUUAUUGAUUAUAUUAUUGCUAUAAUUAUUAUUAUUAUUAAAAAGCAUUAAAUUAUUUGCCUUAUAAUGAGAUCACAAUACGAUUGGAUAUGAAUUAUUUAUCAGUUAGUCUCAAAAUUGUUCACAAAAUUUGUUAUUUUUUUCAUUUUCUCCAUAUUUUGUAUUAUUUCUAUUGAUUACCCUU